AUGUGGACUGAUGAAAGCCGUUUUGAUAAUAAUGGAAUUGUGAAUCGUCAUAAUUCCCAUUUCUGGAGUAAAACCAAUCCAGUUUGGACGCGGGAAACAAAUGCCCAAGUUCGAUGGUCCGUAAAUGUAUGGUGUGGUAUAUUGAACAACACAUUGAUUGGGCCAUAUUUUUAUGAUCUGAGUGGGCAAUGUUAUUUAGAGUUUCUAGAAAAUACAUUGCCGGUAUUGAUGGAAUGUAUCCCUCUUCAAAUUCGGAAAACAAUGUGGAUACAGCAAGAUGGUGCUCCUGCUCAUAACGCAAAAGUAGUAAUAGAUUACUUGAACCAGCAUUUUCCACAAAGUUGGUUAGGUACCCGUGGUCCACUGGAAUGGCCUCCACGAUCUCCUGAUUUGACUCCUUUAGAUUUUUUUUAUGGGGUUACUUAA